AUGGAGGCAACCUUGGAGCAGCACUUGGAGGACACAAUGAAGAAUCCUUCCAUUGUUGGAAUCUUGCACACAGAUUCACAAGGACUUAAUCUGGGCUGCUGUGAAACCCUGUCAGAUGAGCAUGCUGGAGUCCACUGUUCUAGACUACCAAGCAGCAAGCUAACCUCAGACCCCACUGAUACUCCUGCGGUGUGUCUAGAAUCAGAUAUUGGGAGCACUAUGAUCCAGAAACAUGACAGCAUCACAGUGGCAGUGUGCAAAAUGGCCUCUUAA